AUGCUUCGACUUAUGCUUCGUGGAACUAGGCACUUUACACGAUUAAUAUCGUCUGAAGCUUGCCCUAUUCAAGUCGUGAACUGGGAUGAGCAUUUUUGUCUUGGCUAUCCAGACGAAUUGAAGCUUUCUGCAUUGGUUCCUCUGGCUGGUCGAGAUUUUCUCGCGAGCUCACGAAUCCCCAAAUUUCCAGAGUUCCUCGCCGACCCGAGGGAGAAUAUUCCUUUGUACCUUAAAGCUAACAACGAAAAGCAGUUCACUGCAGCGACUUGGGGCAUGUACUCGAAGGCAAUCAUCGAUAUGGCUUACAAAAGGUACGAAGAGCAUGGCGUUGCUGUCGCAAUUCUCUUUCGUGGUAUGCCGAUCGAAAGCCCUGGCGACUUUUCAGACUGGGUGAAUGGUUUGGAUUUCGAAAGGGUGCAGUACGUAGAACCGACCGGCCUGACACCACGAAUCGCCGAGUUCGUUACAAGCGGCUCUUCGGAGCCUAGCGAUUAUAAUAUCGAACCGCACAACGAGCGAGCUUAUAUGUCGAUGUAUCCAGAUAUAUUUAUCAUGUGCAUGUUCAGAAAAUCGGCGUGCGGUGGGGAAACGGCCAUUGUGGAUAACCGUGAGACUCUGAGAAAGCUUGACCGACGUUUUAUGGGAAAAUGUGAGAGAAAACAACUUCGAUACUGGAAAUUCCUACCAGAUGCGAGGGGUAGUCAUCCAAGCAUUGCAUACAAAAGCUGGCAGGGUCAUUUUCGAACUGAGGAUAAAUCUGAAAUAGAAUCGGAAUUGAAAGAUACUGGUGUAUACAAUUUCGAAUGGCUCGAGGACAAUAAUCUAGUUCUGUGGCACAACAGACCGCCUUUCAUACACCACCCAAAAACUGAGGAACGCUUAUGGUUCAAUCAAAUGGCAGCAGGUCACUGUUCGUAUUUACAAUCGAUGCCAAUCUUUCAGAAUUUGCAACUGCCAAACAGGGAGUACCCGUUCCAUUGCACGUACGGCGAUGGACGGGAAAUCGAGACAGAGUGUCUAAAUGAAGUACGGCGGAUCAAGUGGGAGAAUGCGGUGGGAUUUGAGUGGCAGGAAGGCGAUGUUUUAUUCUUGGAUAACUUAAUUAUGCAGCAUUCGAGAUUAAGCUUUCAAGGAGAACGUCACGUUGGCAUAAGUUUAUUGAAUAUGAACUAA